GGCUCAGCUUACAGCCCACGAGCAUACCCCCACGCACAGCCACGAGCCCCUGUUGCCCUACCCCAACUCCCCCACGUGCAGCCGCUCGUCCCGCUCCCCCACGCGUGACUCGCGCCGCCACUCGUGGCCGCCGCCCGUCGGAGAAGCCUCCGCCCUCGCCGGCGACGACGAGCCACGGCCGCAAGGACCCCAGGACCAGGAGCUCCCCGUGCGGCGACGACGAGCCGGAGCCGCGGCUGCACCGUUGCAGGGACCAGAGAACCUCCGCCCGCCUGGCUGCUGCAAAGGACCUCCGCCCGGCUCAAGUAGGAGAUCGAGGACAAUGGCCAUCUUCUCAUCCGCCCACCUCGCCCUCCGCCGGUCGCUAGCGGUGGCACCACGAGCUGCAUCUCUUGGGGAGAGUCUUCGGCAAGCCUCAGAUGGACAUUUCACAGGAAGGCUGCUCCAUAGCCAACUCCUCCCGCGCUGCUUCACCUCGGAUGCAUUUGGACCCAACAAGAGUUCCCCGCCUUCUGGGCCUGAAAUUGCUGCAGAAUUGAAGCCACAUCAGAAUUUCAACAGAUUCAAUUUUAUGCGUCAAGAUUUACAUUCUACUAAGACACAGGCCAACUUCAAUAAUGCAGAUAAUGGUGGGACAACGUUAAAGACAGCUGCUGGAGAGAGGCCUUUCAACCUUGGGGGGCGCUUUCCAUUUCCUACUUCGCGAAUGUUUAAUGAACGUGAACAAUAUUCACAGAAGAAGAGAGAUUUUAUCCAUGUCUUAUUGAAGAAAAAUAAGACCUUUGUGACGGUGACAGAUGCUAGUGGUAAUAAAAAGACUGGAGCUUCUGCUGGUUGUUUGGAAGACAGAAAAGGUCGAUCUCGUCUCUCUCGAUAUGCUGCUGAAGCAACUGCCGAACAUGUUGGGCGGUCUGCCAGGAAGAUGGGUUUAAGGUCUGUUGUCAUGAAAGUGAAAGGGGUUUCUUUUUUCAAGAAGAAGAAGAAAGUGAUCCUGGGCUUUAGGGAAGGUUUUCGAGGGGAAAGAGUUAGAGAUCAAUCUCCUAUCAUGUACAUCCACGAUGUCACCCAACUUCCGCAUAAUGGAUGCAGACUCCCAAAACAACGCAGGGUUUAGUUCUCUGUGAGCUGAAAUUAAAUUUGAGUAGGAAUAAAUCGAAUUUUUGAAGGUGAUCUGGAAGGCUUUUGUAAGCUGGCAGGUGUUCUGUCUCAUGGCUCUCUGCAACUUGUUGGGCUAUACAGCCUGGUUUCUGUCCGACUUAUGCUAUUCAGUGAGUUAUGACAAUUUUUUUUAAUGGGUGAAAUGCUGGUACAUACCAGAAAUCUGGACUGUUGUAUGAUAA